AUAACGGCUCGGCCUCAGUCACUACCAAGAGCUCGUGGUACACACACGCACCAUGUCCGAAAUAGCGACCAGUCUGUGGGACGAACUCACCAGCCCCAUCAACCUAGUUCUCUUAGCUUUCAUAGUGUACCUUAUUUACAAGAUAAUACAGUCCAAUUUCGAAUCAAACGCCCCAGUAGCCCCGCCGGCACCGCCGUUACCAAAAAUCCGGAAAGACCUCACAGUUUCUGAACUGAAACAGUACGAUGGUACACAAGCCGACGGCAGAGUAUUGUUAGCAGUGAAUGGUGUUAUAUUUGACGUCACCAGAGGGAAGAGAUUUUACGGACCAGGUGGUCCUUACUCCGCGUUCGCUGGCAAGGAUGCGACGAGGGGUCUUGCGACUGGUCAGGUAGCAGCGAGUGACAAGGAGUGGGAUGACACCAGUGACCUCUCGCCUGAUGAGGUCGCUUCGGCCAAAGAAUGGGAGGAACAGUUCAGAGAAAAAUAUGACAUCGUGGGGCAGUUACUGAAGCCGGGCGAACAACCAAAGAAUUACGACAAUGAAGAGGAGAAGAAGGAACUGUAGAUAUUGUUAAUUUUUUAUAAGGGUUUACCAAAGUGACUGAAACUAUUUUAGCCUUUCCGCUGGAGUGUAUCUUUAGAUUGUUCACAUUUUUUUCCCGAAGACAGUGAAACCUAUAGACUUUGUCAUAUUUUCCGUUUCACUCAUACAAAAAAGAAGAACAACAUUAAAAAUAAAGAGACGAAACAAGACAGAGCGCUAAUAUAUUGUGUGCCUUGUCGUGCGUAUUACAACAUCUACCUUGCCGCUUUCUAUGAGAUAAGCUCGGAACUUAUAUGGAAAUGAUACUCAUAUAUAAUUUGGUUACGACACUUUUCUAUUGAUAUUAAAAUGGGAUGCGCCAAAAUUUUCCAAUGGAAAUUACAACAAAUGUUUCCACUUGCUCGUAAAUAUGGUCUCUGAAAUAGUUUGAGUUCUUUUGAAAAUUAUGGGUGUUGAUAUACUAAAUAAAUAUUUUUUUAAGGUGA